ACCCCGAGGCUUCAGACGAUUCUGUUACGCGACACCCAUCGAACUGUUCACAAAUCGAAAUCGCGACGUGAAUUAAUUUAUCAGUUUUGUGUUUUACACAAUGAUCAAUAGAAUAAUGAAAUCUGUGAUCUGCUUCGUCAAUAAAUAGGAAUAUGAAUGAGAAUUGGAGGAAUAAAAAAGGAAGAUACAGUACCACGUGUAUAGUUCUAUUCAUUUGUAAGGUUUUCAUCAGAACACUUGAAAAAUGUUAAUUACCGCGCCUCUCAUUAAUUAACCUUCCACCUGUUUGUUUUUGAUGCUUUAUGAGUUACAGGCGCACGCUCUUUGGAAUUGUUGAAGAGGAGUCUCUCUCUCUCUUUCUCCCGAGAGAAUCGUUCUCAACUGAUUUGAACAAGUUGAGAAAGUCUAUACUACUGCUAUUAUAAUGAAAGGAAAAUCAAAAAAUUUUAAAUCACAGCAAUGCUGGGAAAUUCAACGAGAAUUUCAAAAGACUUAAAUUUUUUGGGAGAAAAAUUAUUGAAAAAAAAAUUUUUAAUAUAAUGAAUAACAGAUGACAUAAGAGAAAUUUUGAUUUGUCAUAAAACGAAAUGCUUUUACUUGAUCUAAUUAUUUGCCUAAUGUGCAACAACAUGAUCAAUGGUGAAUUUUCCGCAAGAGUCAAAGGCGAUUUUAUACUUGGCGCUUUAUUCAGUGUUCAUGAAACACCAAGAGGUAGUAAAGGAACAUUAGUAUGUGGGCCAAUUAGAGAAACUUAUGGUAUACAACGAGUUGAAACUGCUUUAAUAACUCUUGAUAAAAUCAACAAUGAUGAUUCAAUUUUAAACGGUGUUCAGUUAGGCUUGGAAGUACGAGAUUCUUGUUGGUCAUCUCCUGUUGCAUUACAACAAAGCAUUGAACUUGUGCGUGAUGCAAUAUCGCCAAUUUCUUCAAAAAAUCAAAUAUUCACGAAUGAUGAAUCAACAAUAUGUAAAAUUGACACCAAUCAGACGGAGACGAACUUUAAAGCUCCAAUGAUUGGAGUUGUUGGACCUGGUUCGAGUUCCGUUACACUUCAAGUACAAAAUCUCCUUCAAUUAUUUUCCAUUCCACAGAUAGGCUAUUCGGCUACAUCUCGAGAUCUCAGUAUCAAGAGUAGAUACUCGACUUUUUUUCGUGUUGUUCCAUCCGAUCAGUACCAGGCACAACUUCUCAUGGAUAUCUUGCGCUACUUCAAUUGGACCUAUGUAUCGAUUGUCCAUACGGAAGAAAAUUAUGGUCAAAGUGGAAUUCAGGCAUUUCGUGAAUUAGCAGAGAAGAGUGGAGUUUGCGUAGCACGUGAGGAUUCAGCGUUGUCAACCGCUGAGGAUUCAGUUUUUGAUGGAGUCCUUCGAAAUCUUAAUCAAGACAGCAAUGCGAAUAUUGUGGUUUGCUUUUGUGAAGGAAUGACUAUGAAUGGACUCUUGAAAGCUUCGAAACGUUUGAAUAUGACAGGACGCUUCAUGUACAUUGGAAGUGACGGAUGGGCAGAUCGUGAUGAGGUGGUAAAGGACGUGGAAGAGGAAGCUCAGGGCAGUAUUUCCAUUCGAAUUCACUCGCCAUACAAUCGCGAGUUCGACGACCACUAUUUCUCCCUGAGUCCAUUUAACAACACUCGUAAUCCUUGGUUCGCUGAGUUCUGGCAGCAUAAGUUCAAUUGUGAACUUCUGAAUUUCACCACUGAUGAUAAGAGCUGGACCACCGUCACCACAGAAUUUCCUUUGAAUAAGAUGAAGAAACCUUGUACAGGAAAUGAAAAAUUAUACGAACGAUAUCGACAAGAUCCAAAAAUGAGUUUUGUUAUUAAAUCAUUUUGGACAAUGGCUUAUGGUCUUGAUAAUAUGUUGAAAGACGUUUGUGGUUUCAAAUAUAAUGAAACUUGUCGAGAAAUGUUCCCCUUUAAUGGAACUCUCUUCAUGAAACACUUAUUGAAUGUUUCCUUCACUUGGGAUGAUGAUGUCGUCGAAUUCGAUAGUAAAGGGGAUCCUCCGGGCAGAUAUGACAUUUUAAAUUAUCAAUUAUUAUCAAAUGGAUCGUAUGCCUAUGUGCAAAUUGGAGAUUGGAACGAUGGGACACUUACUUGGAUUGGUGAACUUCAAAAAAUCGUAACAAGUGUCUGUUCACCGGAAUGUCUUCCAGGAUUUCAUAAAGAAUAUAAAACAGGUGGUCAGGAGAAAAAAUGUUGUUGGGCCUGUGUACUUUGUAAAGAAAAUGCCUAUACAAUUGAAGAUCAAUCGGAAUGUCGUCCUUGUCCAAAAGGAUAUUUGCCAAAUGAAAAUAAAACUGGUUGCCUGAAAAUACCGGAGGAAUAUAUUUCAUGGGGUGAUGCCGAAGCUGUGGUGGCAAUGACAUCGAGUGCCGUUGGUUUGAUGGCAACUUUUGUUACUUGUCACAUAUUUAUUCGACAUAAUAAUACUCCAAUAGUGAAAGCCAGCACUCGUGAAUUAUCAUAUCUCAUCUUGGCUGGAAUGAGUCUCGCUCAUAUUGCUGUUUUUCCAAUUUUAGCAAAACCUGCACUUAUAUCGUGUACACUAAGUAGACUGAUGCCUGGAAUUAGUUUUGCAAUGAUAUACGCUAGUUUAUUUACUAAAACUAAUAGAAUAGCGAGAAUAUUAGCAGGAUCAAAGAAACGUUUUCCUAAACGAAAAAUGCUUUUCAUGUCUGCCACGGCUCAAAUAGUAAUAACUUGUAUUUUAAUAAUGAUCGAAGUUGGAGUGGUAUCAAUGAUGCUCUUCAUAGAUCCUCCAAUGGCACUUUUAGAAUUUCCAUCAACUCAUCGAGCUGUUCUCACCUGUGCAACGACCUACAGAGCUGUUUUAUCUCCUUUUGCCUUUGACGCACUACUACUUGGUCUUUGCACUCUUUAUGCUGUAAAAACUCGUAAUGUUCCUGAAAAUUUUAAUGAGGCAAAAUUCAUUGGCUUUGCAAUGUAUACCACUUGCGUUAUUUGGGUGGCUUUUGUACCAAUUUAUUUUGGCAGUCAAUCGAAGGUGAUAACAAUGUGUAUGUGCGUCACCUUAAGUGCAUCAGUGACCUUGAUAUUCCUGUUUCUGCCGAAAUUAUAUAUUAUCGUGUUAAGACCGGAACGCAAUAAUCGUGCGUUAUUCACGACUAGUAAAUCAAUCAGAUGUCACAUAGGAGCUCGAGUUGCUGCCGCUAUAGCUGAGCCACCAGCAAAGCAAGCAAUUUAUCGACUUUCUGAUUCUGAUGAUUUAAGAUUUCAAGGUUCAAAUCACAGAAAUAGUGUGCAAAAACGAACAUUAUCUGUUCAAACAAGUAAAGAACUUCUUAUGGGAAUAUGCAAUUCUUAUCAAGAUUGUCCAUUAAUAUCGCGAAAUGAAAUUUGCAAAUGUAAUCAAAGGAUAAGUAAAUCAAGUGAAAAUUUGUAUGACACAAAAUUUGAAGAAUCAAUCGAUAAAAUUCAUUAUCGAACAAAUAGAAAUUUAAGUCUUGUUGUUGAUAAUACAAUCAAUGAAAAUUUAGAUCGUAACGAACGAUUAGAACAAAUUAGUCGAUCACAUUUAAGUCUUUCCGAGUGGAAUGAAUUGAAUGCUCAAUCGCUUCUCGAUCGUCUACACAAGGGACCCGCAUCCCCACUGGAUAAUUGCGAUUACACAAACGCCCAAUCAAACUGCCAUGAAGAACUACCAUUGAUAUAUAAUUCAAUAAUAAAAAGAAUAGAAAAUGAAAAUAAAAUGGAAUUAAAAGCAAGAAUUCGAGAGGAAAGUGAUCAUCUAUCAAGCAAUGGGGAUCCUGUUAUUAAUAUUACAAUUACUCUUGGUUCUGGACUUCCUAGUCCUCCAAGUAUUCCUCAGGAUGGUCAAGUAUGAUCUUAAAUUAAAUUUUUUUUUCUUUUGACAUUCAUUUAAUGAUUGUCAAUUUUAAUUUAUUAUUAUUCUACACGUAUGAGAUGUGAUAGUUCCUAUAUGCUUCCUCUAUAAAAUCUAAAAUUCUGUUUUACAUUAUCAAAUGGGUAAAAAAAAUUAUUUCUUUUUCUUAAUUUAAUUAUAAGAAAAUAAGAGAAAAUUUUCAACAAAUUUAUUUAAAAAUAAAAUACAAGUUAAAUUUUUAUAUUUUAGUAUUAAUAAUUUACAAUGAUAAAUAUUUAAAAAAAAAAAACCAGUGAACUGAUUCAAAUUAAAGGAAAAAAAAACACUGACCAAUAUAUAAAACAUAUUAAAAAGUUUUUUUUAAUGACACGAGAAUUUUUUUAAAGACUUU